GCUAGACUACCCCAUAGUGAAGCUCAGCCCAAGUUGUUCUGGUCAGCAUCGGGCGACGUCGCACCACUGACUGCCACCGCAACUUCGCUUGGAUCACGCCGCGCCGGAAGGGAACACCUGUUGCAACCCUCCAUGCCAUCAUCAUCUACAGGAGGCCCCACCACGAAUUCUGUCCCGCCACCAGCAGCCAACAUGCUCGGGCCGUCGUCGUCACUGUACAACAAGUCGCGCGCCAUGCACAGCCACAACGCGCACCACACGCAUCCGAGCGCCUUCUCCCACUCGAUUAGUGCCAGCUCUAUGGUGCACCUGGGCAGCAGUAGCAUCCAUGCUCUGGCGGUGUCGGCAACGGCGCAAGCGAGCGCCGAUUUCAAGGGCGACUUUGAGAAAAUCGACCAAGGGUUGUCCUCCGAAGACGAAGACGUACAGCACGAAGCGGCCAAGAAGCUGCGCAACUUGCUCUCAAGCGAGCGCGACCUCCUCAUCCGACAGAUGCUCGACAAGAACUGGACCCCACGCUUGAUCAAGUGGCUGCGGUUGCGAGAGCGGCCUACGCUGCAGGUCGAAGCGCUGUGGGCGCUUACCAACAUCGCCGCCGGGGCCACGGACAACACGUCGGUGUUGCUUCAAAACGGGGUCAUCCCGACCCUGGUGUCGCUGCUCGACUCGACCAACGACGAGGUAUUGGAGCAAUCUGUGUGGGUGUUGGGCAACCUCGCGGGGGAAGGCGCGCAGACGCGGGACCUGGUGCUGUCGGCGGGUGCGCUUCCACCGUUGAUUCACAACCUCCGCAAGACGCCGCCAGAGAAGCUAUCGCUGCUUCGCAUUCUCACGUGGACACUGAGCAACCUCUGCGAUGGCCAGCCCCGCCCCGUCUUCGACAUCAACGUCGUGUUGCCGUCGCUGUCCAACAUGCUGUCGAGCGCCGACACGGAGGUGCUGAGUCAUGUGUGCUGGGCGUUCUCGCAUCUGUGCGAUGGGCCAAGUACGCACAUCCAAGCGGUGGUCGACUCGGAAGUGUGCAUCCGACUGGUGGAGCUGCUUGGCCACAACUCGUGGCGUGUAACCAAGCCAGCGCUUCGCGCCAUCGGCAACAUUGUGUGCGCCGAGGAUGACCACGACUACACCCAGCACAUCAUUGAGUGCGGCGCGGUGCCGUCGCUCCGUAAGCUCAUUGCGCAUUCAAAUCGCGAGAUUCAAAAGGAGGCGUGCUGGACGCUAAGCAACAUCGCGGCGGGUACGGUGGACCAGAUCCAGUGCGUGUUGGACUCGGGAUGCAUUCCGUCGCUCAUGGGGCUGGCGUCGUCGGACGCCACGGACGCCGAAGUGCGCAGCGAGGCGUGCUGGGUCGUACUCAACGCGACUUCUUGUGGCUCGGACAGUCAGAUUGAGUACUUGGUGAACGAAGGGUGCAUUCAGAUAUUAGGCAACCUGCUGGAAGAGACGAGUAUGGUGAUGAUGGCGCUGGAAGGGUUAGAACGGAUAUUGCAGGUUGGGGAGCUCGAAGCCAAGCGAACCGACGCCCCCAACCCGUACGCAAGUCUGAUGGCGUCGGCCAACAUAGAAACGCUCGUGUCGCACAAAUCGGCCACGGUGGCCAAACGGGCCACGCGCAUUUGGCAGCAACAUUUUGUCACGUGUGCAAUCUGCUCGGGUGCGUUUUCCAAGCACUCGAACGACACGUUCUUUUGCGCCGAGUGCAAGUGCAAUGUGUGCAAGAACUGCGACUGCACUGUGUUUCAUUUGAAAUACCAGGAGAGCUUGUGGAAGGAAGAAACGGAGAAAGAGACGUCGGAAAUGAAGGCCAAAGCCGCGUCCAAGCGCAACAAGCGGCAGAAGAAGCGGCAGCGGACCAAGGAACGCAAGGCAGCGAUGCGCCAGCAGCAGACGGGCAAGAGCAAGACGUCGUCGUGCAGCUCAUCGGACGACGACGACGACGACGAUAGCACCGACGACAUGCUGCAUCAUUCGCCGCCCCUGACGAGCUCCAUGGCCCAGCUGCGUGUGCGGUCCCGCCUCGAUGACAUGGUGGACGCCAACGACAAACUCGUGUCGUAUCUGCUGGAAACUGGCUCCAUCAUGGCGCUGGCGGAGCGGCUGGACCAGGAAGACGACAGCUUGUGGACUGUUGCUGAAGAAGACCGACCUGCGAUCAUUCACGCGUAACCGGAGAAAUAUACCAUUGGUCGAAAUGUCGACUGUUUGAACGA